CGCCUUUAAUUAAAACGCUUCUGUUCCCAGUGCAUUUUGUAUUGGCGAUAAAAUUACUGGAACAACGGUGCAUCUAAAUAAAUCAUUGGGACAAACAGAACUUCUUGAGGAACGAUGAAGACGUCCUGAUGUAGAAUUAACACAAGUAGCUUUUGAGUCUUGAAGUAUGUCGGCUGAUAUAAACUCCAACAAGGACGACGACAACGAACCGAGACAACUCAUCGUCCGACGGAAUACCCUACCAGCCCUCAAGAAACAACUCCCACAAGUCCCCAAUGAUAAGAGGGAAGAGGCGACGGGUCCAGGCAGACCAUUAGGAGUUCUUGAUCGGUCCUCGUCAACGGCGUCAGCUGACCGGCCCGGUAGUACUUCUGCAAUGAGCCCCAAUGGAACCAGCGCGGCCUACGGACAGUUCUACUUGGAAUACGCCUUAAUGGCUGAAUUUAACCAACUUCAUAAACAAAAGUUGCCCGGUGUUUAUGUCAUACCAUCAGCAAGAUCCCCUUUACAUUGGUUUGGAGUUCUGUUCAUCAGACAGGGUCUCUACCAAGAAGGCAUCUUCAAAUUUGAUCUGCUGAUUCCUGAGAAUUAUCCAGAUGGCGAUAGCCCGAGGUUAAUUUUCCAGCCAGCCAUCUUUCAUCCCAUCGUGGAUCCUACCAGUGGAGAGUUGGACGUCCACAGGGCCUUCUCCAAGUGGAAGAGGAACGUCAACCAUAUAUGGCAAGUCUUGUUGUAUGCAAGGAGAAUCUUCUAUAAGAUUGACACGAAGUCUCCGCUCAACCCGGAGGCAGCAGUCUUAUAUGAAGAGGACAUGGAGUUGUUUAAAUCCAAAGUAAACAGUACGGUGGAGAUGUGCAAGAGCCUUAAGUAUGAACCGCCUUAUUCAGAUGAUCCCCAUGCAAUACACUUCAGUGAGUGGGAUACAGAGAAACACGGAGCUACACAUGCAGCCAUUAUGUCACCCAAACCACAGAAAACAGCUGAAGAACCUGAAGGCCACAAAAACGCUCAGACGUCAGGUUUAUCAUGGGUGAAGCCAGGCACCCUACAGGUAUUCAGUAAAGAGUAAGGUCAACAAUUAUAACUAGUUGUUGGUAAAAUUGCUAUUUAUAAAAAACUUAAAGGCACUGGACACUAUUGGUAAUCGUCAAAGACCAAUAUUCUCACUUGUU